CGCGCUUUAACCAUGUUCCAUGUUGUAAUGUCAUUUGUGGUGAUUUCAUCGGUUCUUGUGGCCGGUGGACCACCUAAGAAAAUUCCCCCCGCCACUACCGUAACCCUUUCCACCAGUCAAUUCAACAAAACCGAACACCAGGAUCGCGUCAGAAACAUCCUGCUGUACAGUCCGGUGCAGGUUUUUGCCCCCAAAUUCCGGAUCGUCUCGGCAACGCAGGAACAGGUCGUUGGCACCGUUCACUACCGCUACCGGGUCGUGUUCGCGGACGAUCCCCGCCAGAGACCGUGCGAGCUGGCGUCGUCCGAACCUCCGCGGAAGAUGCGCAAGUUGAUGCUCGAACAGCCAGUGGUUUCGUACACGUGUUCGUACAACCCUGGGAAGAAUGUUCUACCGGGGGUACACUGUCUCGGCUGUCCGGAGGUGCUGUCCCGCGAGGAACUUGCAAAGAACGUUCACGAGGGCAGAGUUGAGCGGAUCUUGCAGUCGGAGGGCAUCGAGGAUUAUAGCGACUUGACAAUCAUCGGCGGAGUCAGUGAGGCAGGUGCUGGAACCAAGUACAAGUACAACGUGGAGUUCGUCGUGGGUCCGAUAGCGUGCGCAUUGACAGCUCAAGAAAAUUCUCGUCUGACAGAUCCGGCCGAGCGUCGCCAGUAUUCGUCUCUUUGCAGCAAGAUACCCAUGUCGUACUAGUUCCCUGA